CAAGUUACCGAGAACGCAUUAGAGCGCAGCAGUGUAUUGGGAAGACUCAUAAGGCUUCUAGUAGUCUUUGCUAUUUGUAAACCGAGAUAUUUGUUUUCCGAAUACACGCGUGUCUUUCCUGUUACAGAAGAUUUUUGUGUAUCCGGAAGACCGCACAGUAACCGCAAGCUUGCUACCCACUCAAGGCAGGUACUGCUUUCAGCACCGGAGCUAUCCAAGCCGCGCGGCUGUCAAUCGUAAACCGUCAAGAUAAAGUGCGUCCUCCGAACUAGACAAGGGCGAAGUGACUGUCACGCACAAACAGGAAACAAAAAUACUCCGAUAAUCAGAAGAGUUGCAAUGCUAUACAUAUACAUUUAAGGGAAAGGAAAUCAACUCCCGAAGUGCUCUCCGGUUCCAUCCAGCCAUGGGCGUGCUCAUGUCCAGGAAGCAGCAGGUGGAGAAGGUGCAGAAGUGCAACACGGUGAUUUCGGCGUUUAAGGAGGGGCUACGGGACCGCCCGGCUCCGCCCAGCCACGCGGACGAGCCCGCGGGGGGCGUGGCCAGGGGAGCAGACUCCGCCCCCUGGCCUCGCAGGACGACGGAGGAGAACGAGCCGAAGGAGGAGGGGGGAAACCCCAAGCCCUCCAGUGCGCAGCAGCCCUCGGCCCCGCCCAAGGAAGAGGCCAGGGCCAAUCAGGAGUCCUGGUCCCGACUGCGCGACGGAAAAGGGGUGGAGCCUGAGGAGAUGGACAGGAUGAAUCAGCUGACGCCCCCUGCUUUCGUUCGGCCGAAGAAGGAUGCCAAGGAUGAGCAGCCCCUGGAGGUGGACCUCAGCCAGAGAGAGCAGCCGGCGGACGAGGAGAUGUGUGAGGUGUGUGAGGUGUGGACGGCGGACGACCUGUUCCCCUGCCGGACGUGCAGGCGGGUCUUCCACGACGGCUGCCUGCGGGAGAUGGGCUACCUCAGUACCGCCGCCCUGCAGGAGAUGAGGGAGAGCGCACACACCGCCACCGGGUGGAGCUGUUACUACUGCGACAACGUCAACCUUCUCCUGACUGAAGAAGAAAUGUACAGCCUGCUGGACACCUUCAAACGAUGCAAGAUAAUUCCAGAGUCCUGCCUGGGGUCAGACGACUUCCUGCACUACAAGCAGCUGCUGGAGAAGGACCUGUCCGACGAACAGGAAGAGGAAGUGAUGGCGCAGUUUUCUGCGCUGGACCCCGAGAAGAGAGGCAGCGUGGGAUGGACUGACUUCCUGUACCACGAGUCUCUGGGGGUACUCAGAAAGUUCCGCACAGCGAAUUCUCUGGUGAGGCUGCUCACUGCCAAAGAGCGGGACCGGGCGCGGGCCGUGUUCGGGGGUCUGGACCUGGACAGGGACGGUCUGAUCACGUGGAGAGAGGUCCAGAGGGCCCAGCAGUCCUGGUUCCAGAAGCACGCCAAGGAGUCGCAGUCCUGCAACGUGAGACUGACGCGUCUCUGUUCCCCCGUGCUGAAUCUGAGCAUCAGCCAUGUAGGACCCAUCUCAGAGAACAGCCCCACCAGCUCCAUCAGUGGGCGGAGUCAAGAGAAAGCACCAAUCACCUCUGAGAAGGAGGAUAACAGGUCUACUGACACAAUUAAAAAGCUACACGUGUCCUGGCAGGAGUUUCUGAAAGAGAGCGCCAUCUACAUCCUGGCAGCCCGCCCCAACAGCCCUGCUCUGCACCUCUGCCCCCCUCUAUAACCCCCCCAUAACCCCGCCCCCCAUCUAUAACCCACCCCCCCACCUCUGUAACCCCGCCCCCCAAGCCCUCGAGGUGAAAGCGGAUUGGACGGCCCAGAGAAAGCAGCUGGAUCCUGGAGUGACGUGGGCUGUGGAGACAUGGUGACUCGCAGGAACUGCAGGAGAAGAGGAAGCUGACGACGCGAUGGCACACAGACGUUCUUCUUUUUCUCUGCAGAAGCCGAGACUGAGACAGCUCAGCCUCUUUCUCCUGGCUGUCGGUUCCUCUGCUGACCUGCCGAUCGCUUCUCAGAUACACUGCAUGCCGGGACAAAACAAGAGCAAGGUGUAUCUGAAGACAGUUCCCCAAUUUGUCCUGCUUUAGCACUUGUGUUGAGGCACUGCUGCCUGACUCUUUGAAAUCGAUCGCGAUAAACAUGUCUAGGUUAAGAGUACGGUAUCAGCUCCUUAAGCCUAUAACAUAUAUUGGGGUUUGUUUUAAUGUAUGCUUUGCUACAACCAUAAUCAUAACUGUAAUGUAAUGGAAAAAGCACAUUUAAGCACUGACACUAAAACUGAAUAGGAUACAGUGAUACUGACUUUGCACUUAAGAUGUUUUUUUUUUGUAUAUAAUGACUUAAGAAUGUUUACCGCAUGCUCCCUGAAGGUAUUAUGUGGGCUUUGUUUUUAUCUGAAAUGUGUUUUGAGGACAUACAGGACGAUUUAAGGACACAUUAUCUUGAGAUAAGGCACUGGUUCCCAAAACCUGGAUCUGGGAACCUAUCUUGUGAUCAGUUAACAGUGUUGAAAACGUGUUUGUUCGGCAAUGCAGGUUUGCUUUGGCUGUGAACUCAAUAGUUCAACCACACAUUAGUUUGCUUCUGUGGCCUGGCUUUCACUAUUUCAGUAAUUAGGACCAAACUGAUUUGACCUGCCGAUUUAUAAUUGAAUAAUUUAAAAAUGUAACAUAGGAUUGAUUGCACAUAUAUAUAGCACAUUACAGAGAAUGGAAGCUUUUGUUGACUGAUUACAUCUCCUGGGAUGUAAAUAUGGGUGUAAAUAUUUAUUAUUCAUAGUGCACAGGGAUAUUUCUGACAUAAUAUGGCCUUAAGAGUAAAUUAUCCUGCAUGUAUGUCCAAUGAAGAGCAGAUGGCAGAUUAUUAAUAUUCAGAGGUUGUAAUAUUGGUUGUAAACCAGUAUACACAGUGGCACCCUCGCUGAUAUAAGUAAAAUAAAUAUUGCAUUCAAAGA